CCCGGAGGAAUUGGGCCGGGCUGCGCUGGGACAGUUCGCGGAGUCGUGUGGCCACCGUGGGCGAGGAGAGUGCGAGUUCCCGGCCACGGUCGCCGGCCUGACCUAAGCCUCACGUCCGCCCUGGCCACUUCCCGCAUGCUGCAGGCUCCUCCCUGAAAGGUGGCGGCUAGGCGUGGGGGACGCGCCCGGGGACGGCUCGGGGUCGAGGCUUCCAGUCGCCCGCACUUCCUCUUGAGGCGCCCGUGUGCGGCUGUCUCGGCGGGCGGGAUGGCGGCGGCGGCCCGGGGUAGCGGCCGCGCAUCUGCGCCCCGGCUGCUUCUGCUCCUGCUGUUUCCGCUGCUGUGGGCCCCGGCCGGGGUCCGGGCCGUACCCGACGAAGACCUCAGCCACCGGAACAAGGAACCUCCGGCGCCUGCCCAGCAGCUGCAGCAGCAGCCCGCGGCCGUGCAGGGCCCCGAGCCGGCCCGGGCCGAGAAAGGAUUUACACCAGCUGCUCCAGUUCAUACCAAUAAAGAAGAUCCAGCUACCCAAACUAAUUUGGGAUUUAUCCAUGCAUUUGUGGCUGCCAUAUCAGUUAUCAUUGUAUCUGAACUGGGUGAUAAGACAUUUUUUAUAGCAGCCAUCAUGGCAAUGCGCUAUAAUCGUUUGACAGUGUUGGCUGGUGCUAUGCUUGCCUUGGGCCUAAUGACGUGCUUAUCAGUUCUGUUUGGCUAUGCCACCACAGUCAUCCCCAGGGUGUAUACAUACUAUGUUUCAACUGCGUUAUUUGCCAUUUUUGGCAUUAGAAUGCUUCGGGAAGGCUUAAAGAUGAGUCCAGAUGAAGGUCAAGAGGAACUAGAAGAAGUGCAAGCAGAAUUAAAGAAAAAAGAUGAAGAAUUUCAACGAACCAAACUCUUAAAUGGACCAGGAGAUGUUGAAACGGGUACAAGCACAACAAUACCUCAGAAAAAGUGGCUGCAUUUUAUUUCACCCAUCUUUGUUCAAGCUCUUACAUUAACAUUCUUAGCAGAAUGGGGUGAUCGCUCUCAACUAACUACAAUUGUUUUGGCAGCUAGAGAGGACCCCUAUGGCGUAGCAGUGGGUGGAACAGUGGGACACUGCCUCUGCACUGGACUGGCAGUAAUUGGAGGAAGAAUGAUAGCACAAAAAAUCUCUGUCAGAACUGUGACAAUCAUAGGAGGCAUCGUAUUUUUGGCAUUUGCGUUUUCUGCACUAUUUAUAAGUCCUGAUUCUGGUUUUUAACAUGAUACUGUUCAUUUAUAUUUAGUCUAAGAUAGGUGAACUAUGUACAUAGUGUAUAUUAUAACUAAAAGUGAUGGAAAAUACUGUAUUUUGUAGCAUUGAUUUGUGAGUUUGACCCAUUUAAUGAAGUAUUAUGUCCAAGAGAAAUAAUCACUGAUUCUAUUUGCGAAAUGGAUUUUUAAAAAAAAAAAAACAACUGAUAUCUAAGUGUGGAUUUUUUCUUUUCUCCAGCUUAAUUAUGUGAAUAUGGUCUCCUUUUCUUGGCCGGGGCGAGGUGAGGGUAGUAUAUAGAGAACCAUUGUUCGGCAGGGGGCCUGCCACUUGAUUCUCUUUCAGCACUGACCCCUUUGCAAGGACUAUGAGUUUUGUCCUGAAUAACUGAGGUGUUUUACGACGUUUGUUUACCUUAAAAUUUUUCCUGGGGGAAAGAAUGAAUUAAUUUCUAUCAUCUAGCUAUCUUUUAAAACAUUUUCCUGAGCCAGUAAGCAGUGGUUUAUCAGAAUAAUCAGAAGUCUUUUCAAAAUUAGGUUUUUGGGGCUUCCCUGGUGGCACAGUGAUUGAGAGUCCGCCUGCCGAUGCAGGGGACACGGGUUCGUGCCCCGGUCCGGGAGGAUCCCACAUGCCGCGGAGCGGCUGGGCCCGUGAGCCAUGGCCGCUGAGCCUGCGCUCCGCAACGGGAGAGGCCACAACAGUGAGAGGCCUGUGUAUCGCAAAAAAAAAAAAAAAUUAGGGUUUUUGUUUGUAUGUUUUUUUUAAGAGCAAGGGAAAUGUAUUACUGUUAAUAACAUGACAAGAAUUGUCUGCCAGGUCCAUUCUUUUUUUCAAUUGGGUAGGAAACCCAAUAUAAUAACAGUCAGUCAAUAUUUGACCAUGUGGAAUUACCAAAUUAAAAGAGAAUACCGUGAGUGUAUUCAUAUUUUUUCUAUAUUGAAUAAACAAUGUAACAAAGAUACAACAUAAAUAAAAAAGUGUUAUGACCA